AUGUCAUCUACCACACCCUGGCCCACCUCCCGAGGUCAAAAGAGCACAUCCCAGCUGAUAGCCCCAAAGCCUCUCUACCCAGGACUUGGGCUCCCACUCCGCGAAUACAAUCGAGAUGAUAUAUUCCCCAUCGGUGCCCACGGAGGCUGUUACGCCGCCACCACGGACCCUUUGCCAGUCCGCGAAGUCGCCAUGAUGAGUGUCAUGGAGUCUUUGACGGACAAACCUGAUUGGCAUGUCAAGGUUUACAAUGAGGAAAUUGUUGCGAAGUGGCGUGCUGAAGCUCUUUCAAUCCCGAACACCCACUGGUGGGACCUGGCCACCAGCGCGAAGCAACAGCAUUGGGAGGCAGACGGUUAUGUCAACCUUAUUCCAGAUGAUGCGGACGAUUGGAUCGAGAAGUCGGAAGAAAUCAUGUCGGCUACUGCCGUCGACUGUUGCAUUCAGGAACUUCGCAGUAAGGCUAAGUACUUCGAGAAAACCGGUAUGGUGCCAACUCUCGAUGCCCGUGCGAGUGUCGUCAAGUCAGACACCCUGGUAUCUGAAAGCCUACACGAGUCACUGCUCGCCGCAUUCAGAACAUUGAAGGCUGACCAAGCCGAUUCUCCGGACUGGCACCCUAAUUCGGGUGACAAAGUCCAGAACCUAGUACAUCCUUCCCUGUACCCCCUGGUCUAUCGACGAAGCAGGGUCUUCCAGGAUGAGGUAGUUGGUGUUGAAGACGCCAUCACUAAAUGGUCCGGACGAGGCGCCAUUAUUCCAGGCGAAGACGAGUGGGUACGACAAGAAAACGAACGGUGGGCGUAUGGCGUGGGUGGUGAUAUUCCCCCAAACUUCUGGUCGGUGAACUAUCAAUGGCUCCCAUCCAAUGUUGCAUUCCAAGAUGAUGGCUCCGUGCGCUUCACAAGCUACAUCAACAACCUACAUCCGACGAAGUAUACAGACAUUUAUCGGACGAUAGAACGGUUAAUCGAAACGUCAUUGCCGAUGUGGGACCAGUGCCUCAAGGUGGCUACCAGCUACAAAACAGUGGAAGGACCGGGUCGGACAAACGGAAGAUUUGGUGUUCCAACCGAUCCUGAUGACGAGAACGCCUCGAACUGGGAUCCUUCCGACCCCAAACACUGCCCUGACAUUGAAGUCGAUGAGGAGAAGCUCGAACGCGUAGGGUGGUGGGAGGGUUACUUGGAAGAAGAAGAUGGUGGUAAAGAGAUGCUCGCUGAAUGCAAGUGGAAAGUACUACGCAAGCCUGUACUGCCAGAACCCUCUUUCGAAGAAGUCAACUACGAGCCACAGGCGGGUGAGCGUUUGGUCGACAAAUUCCAUAAGUCCGGACUUCAAGUCAUCGUCAAGAUGGCAUCCAUUGAGCUCACUCCUGAGAAGCCGCACUUCCCUCAAGGAAGCUGGCACGUGGAAGGUCAGAUGAAUGAGCAUAUCUGCGCUACAGCCCUCUAUUACCUCGACAGCGAGAACAUAACGACUAGCAGUCUCUCUUUCAGGAUGCAGACUUCUGCCUAUUUGAACGAUGAAGACACAGGCUUCAGUGUCGGGCGAGGCAACUACCAUUGGAUGGAGUCCGUUUACGCUACGCAUCUUGGCUGCGGCACCGGAGGAGCUUGUUUGCAGAACUAUGGUAGCGUUGAAACGAGGGGGAAGCGCCUGCUCGCAUUUCCAAACGUUUUUCAACAUCGCGUUUCGCCUUUUGAGUUGGAUGAUCCCACAAAGCCUGGUCAUCGUCGUUUCAUUGCUCUGUGGCUUGUAGACCCACACAAGCGUAUCAUAUCUACCGCAAACGUCCCGCCUCAACAGCUGUCAUGGUGGGCUGAGGCUUUGGUGGGCGCGAACACCAAGUCAGACAUCCACGGUGAACCAACGACGGAUUUACGACCCGAGAUUGUGAGCCUACUCCGAGAAAAUGGUGCACAGCUACCACCCCCCGCCAGUGAGAGCAAGAUGCCGGAAGAGCUUAUAGCCAUGGUACACGAAAGAUUGUCGAGUGACGCAUUGCCAAUGAGCCUAGAAGAGGCGAAAGGGCAUCGUUUGAAAUUGAUGCAAGAGAGAAGCGCGCACGUGGCGAAGUCAGAACGCGCUUGGCAGCAGCAUUCGUACAGCUUCUGUGAACAUUAA